GACUUCUCGUAUGACGACUCGAAAGCAGAGUUGUUCAACGUAGACGCGCCCAAUGGCGUGGUGAUGGAGGGGUACCUGUUUAAGAGGGCCAGCAACGCCUUUAAGACGUGGAACAGGUAACUAGACAACUGAUCAGUAACUCUACCUAAGCCAGCUACACUCUGGCUUCAAAGCAUACUAUAUUAGUGUAUUGUGGUAAAAGCCUUUUGAUUUGAAUUCUAUCUUGGCAAUGGUAUGCUUUGUGGAUUUUCUGUAGACAUACCAUAGAUAGCGAGCUAAAGAAAUACUUAGCCUAGAUUAUUUCAGUAAGUAGAGUCUAUUCCCUAGGAAACCAUACUUGGCCAUAGUUCACGUCGUGGGGAAUAGUUUACUGAAUAUAUUGCCUGUGGAACACCAGGCUAUUUCUCCCUGUAGGCAGUUCUCCCACUGAUGCUAUCUACUAGGGCAUUACAAUGUAUUACUCCAUUUUGUCUCGUUUCCUGACUGCUUCCCAUCUAACCAUCUAAAGAGGUUAGAUGUGAACCGAACCACACGUGUUCUGAAUUCCUCUCUGCUAGAUAGUGCAGCUCAGGGGAAAGGGAGAGCCGGUUCACAUUCACUUUUACACUUCCCAACCUAGAGAGUGACAUUAUUUCAACUCGGCAGGUCAGCACGAAAUCCACUUAACAUGCAUGUUUUAUUCAUUUCUCUCUCUCUCUGUCUCUUCUCUGUCUCUUCUCUCUCUCUCUCUCUUCUCUCUCUCGCUCUCUCUCUCAGGCGGUGGUUCUCCAUCCAGAACAGUCAGCUGGUCUAUCAGAAGAAGCUGAAGGCAAGUCCACAAAUUCACUAGCUACCAUCUUAGUAUGAGUCCCUGGGGGGGUAAGAGGUUACGUGCAACUUUAAUGGGGUAUAGAGCUACUUUGAAAGUCACUGGGAUCUAUAUUGGCGAAAUACAACCCUCCCUCUGUCAACACUGACUGCAUUAGGGCAGAGGACUGUUAUAGGAUAGCUUAAUACUCCUCAGAGUCCUGUCCCAAAAGACUCUGAUGGAUGUUUGUGUGUGUAAGUCCCCUUCCUACUCAUAGACCCUCACAUGAAUCCAUAGUGGAAUAUAGAAUGUGAGCGCCAGUGUACCCGUAUGAGCUGGAUGAUUGGAUUAAUUAGGAAAAGAUGCUCAACUGAGGGACUUCGAAAUCCAAACAACACAUCUCAUCCAAGGACACAGUGGGCAUAAUGUUGGUAUGAUGAAUAAUUGAACUAAUUGACUGACCGGGCCUUUUACACUGUUACUGACCAAUAGGAUUCCCUGACGGUGGUGGUGGAGGACCUCAGGCUGUGCUCUGUCAAGCCUUGUGAGGACAUUGAGAGGAGGUUCUGCUUCGAGGUUGUCUCCCCCAACAAGUAUGUUCUUAGUGUCCUUAUAUUAUGGAAUUAACUAAAUCAAUUCACCUUUGUUCCAAGGAAUUUUCCUUACACAGUUAAAUUGAUCUAAAUCUCUUCAGGUAAAAUCUUAAGAAAAUUGCCAAUAAUAUGGCCAAUAAAGUAUUCUUCUUCUUCCAAGAGGGCAAGGGGCUAUAGUUUUGUACUGUUGAUAGACUUUAAUGUGUGCUGUAAUAUGGUGUUAUCUUUCCAUUCUACAGGAGCUGUAUGCUGCAGGCGGAGUCAGAGAAGCUUCGGCUAGCCUGGAUCCAAGCAGUGCAGGCCAGCAUUGCCUCAGCAUACAGGGAGAGCCCAGACUACCACUACAUUGAGGUCAGUUGGUCCAUCUAGCUACAGACCUAACUGUAAAACAAAUGCUAAUAUUCUCUAACCUUUGCUUUAAUCUAGACAUAUUUUACAUCAUGACACAUGUCAUUUAUAAGCUUAUACGUUUGCAUGAAGGGAGAUAAAUCAAGACUGUCAUGCCUCAGAGAAUGAUGCUUGCCUCUCUUAGUUACACUCUGUUUACCAUGUCUGUCUUCCCACCAAUAGUGUCUGGACAGGACAGCCUCACCUUCCGUCAGCAGUAUCGACUCGGCCAGCGAGCCUCGGGAACGCAGUGUCAGAGGGGAGACCAUCCUGCACCGUAUACAGUGUCUCUCGGGCAACGAGUAUUGCUGUGAUUGUGGCCAGGCCGACCCACGCUGGGCCUCCAUCAACCUGGGCAUCCUACUCUGCAUCGAGUGCUCCGGCAUCCACAGGUACGGUCUGCCGCUAUGGAGGGCAUCCUGCUCUGGCAUGCAUAGAUAUACUGUCUGUAUCUGUAAAGGUUAGUCUCAUGAGCCAUACCCAAAGUCUCGUGCUAUCUGGCUUGCUUAGCUUGUCUUUAAGAGAGUACAUAAAGGCAUACUUCACUGGCUAGACAGGCUACUGUAGUAUGGACCAUGGACUAUCCUAAAGCACUUGUGGUUGUAGACCAGUGGAGGAUGUAGUAGCAGAUAGCUGCACUACCACAGGGUGACUGAGGGGUCAUUUGUGACUCUGCGUUCUAGACUAUGUGCUGGUGUCUUGGCUCUGAGAAUGAGAGAGUGCCAAUGGCCAAUAGGGUGCCUUAGCCUUACCUUGUCAUCUGCUUAGCAUAGGACAUGUUAAGCCACACCUCUGCUGGGAUUACUGUGUGGCUAGGCUGCUUAACGUUGCUUAUUGGAUCAGGUUGUGUUUGAUUGGGAGAGCUCAUUGCGUUAGUAGACAGGAUGGGAGUUAGACGAUAAGCACCGCAGAACUGAAACACUUAUGUUUAUCAACUAGAAUAGCAUCCCUUUAAUGGUGAAAGUACGCAAUUCUUGAACCACACCUGAUUAGCAAUCAGGCCAAAGCAAGAUAAAGAUUCCUAUUUCUAAUACCUGUCUAAUGUCCUUAAUACAUUUUUUUACAUUUACAUUUUAGUCAUUUAGCAGACGCUCUUAUCCAGAGCGACUUACAGUUAGUGCAUACAUUUUUUUUUUUUCAUACCCCCCGUGGGAAUCGAACCCACAACCCUGGCGUUGCAAACGCCAUGCUCUACCAACUGAGCUACAUCCCUGCUAAUACCAUAGCUCUAGGGUUCACUCUAGCACUGCAUACAUUAUAGCUGCAACACACUUGGGUAUUUGUCAAGCAUUAGGCUAGAUGGGAAAGUUUUCCUCCGUUUCAGCAGUUGGUGGUGUUGACUGUUUACAGCAGAGAUGCAGCAAUGAUCAAUGCUUAUGUCAUCACCACCUCCUCUGGACCAUCUGUUGAAUAUUCAUGAUCUGUUUCUGUCAGAUAGCCUGUCUUCUCCUAGUGGUGAGAUGAGAUCACACGAGGCUUUCCAUUAGAAUAGAGGAGGAAUACACAGAGACACUAUCGCACAGUCUUUUCUUUGGCAUGCCGCACCGCAGUUGCCUGGAUACCAGCGGGUUUUGUUGGUGGAGCGGUGAUUUGCAUGACAUUGAGGGCAGCUACUCUGUUUCCCAGGGGUACACCACAUCAGUCACUGGCUUCAUCAAUAAGUGCAUCGAUGAUGUCGUCCCCACAGUGACCGUACGUACAUACCCCAACCAGAAGCCAUGGAUUACAGGAAACAUCCGCACUGAGCUAAAGGGUAGAGCUGCCGCUUUCAAGGAACGGGACUCUAACCCGGACGCUUAUAAGAAAUCCCGCUAUGACCUCCGACGAACCAUCAAACAGGCAAAGAGUCAAUACAGGUCUAAGAUUGAAUCAUACUACACUGGCUCUGACGCUCGUCGGAUGUGGCAGGGCUUGAAAACUAUUACAGACUACAAAGGGAAGCACAGCCGCGAGCUGCCCAGUGACACAAGCCUACCAGACGAGCUAAACCACUUCUAUGCUCGCUUCGAGGCAAACAACACUGAAGCAUGCAUGAGAGCACCAGCUGUUCCGGACGACUAUGUGAUCACGCUCUCCGUAGCCGAUGUGAGUAAGACUUUUAAGCAGGUCAACAUUCACAAGGCCGCAGGGCCAGACGGAUUACCAGGACGUGUACUCCGAGCAUGUGCUGACCAACUGGCAAGUGUCUUCACUGACAUUUUCAACAUGUCCCUGACUGAGUCUGUAAUACCAACAUGUUUCAAGCAGACCACCAUAGUCCCCGUGCCCAAGAACUCUAAGAUAACCUGCCUAAAUGACUACCGACCCGUAGCACUGACGUCUGUAGCCAUGAAGUGCUUUGAAAGACUGGUCAUGGCUCACAUCAACAGCAUAAUCCCAGAAACCCUAGACCCACUCCAAUUUGCAUACCGCCCCAACAGAUCCACAGAUGAUGCAAUCUCUAUCGCACUCCACACUGCCCUUUCCCACCUGGACAAGAGGAACACCUACGUGAGAAUGCUAUUCAUUGACUACAGCUCAGCAUUCAACACCAUAGUGCCCUCUAAGCUCAUCACUAAGCUAAGGAUCCUGGGACUAAACACCUCCCUCUGCAACUGGAUCCUGGACUUCCUGACGGGCCGCCCCCAGGUGGUAAGGGUAGGUAACAACACAUCUGCCACACUGAUCCUCAACACGGGGGCCCCUCAGGGGUGCGUGCUCAGUCCCCUCCUGUACUCUCUGUUCACCCAUGACUGCAUGGCCAGGCACGACUCCAACACCAUCAUUAAGUUUGCCGACGACACAACAGUGGUAGGCCUGAUCACCGACAACGAUGAGACAGCCUAUAGGGAGGAGGUCAGAGAUCUGGCCGUGUGGUGCCAGGACAACAACCUCUCCCUCAACGUGACCAAGACAAAGGAGAUGAUUGUGGACUACAGGAAAAAAAAGAGGACUGAGCACGCCCCCAUUCUCAUCGACGGGGCUGUAGUGGAACAGGUUGAGAGCUUCAAGUUCCUUGGUGUCCACAUCACCAACGAACUAUCAUGGUCCAAACACACCAAGACAGUCGUGAAGAGGGCACGACAAAGCCUAUUCCCCCUCAGGAGACUAAAAAGAUUUGGCAUGGGUCCUCAGAUCCUCAAAAAAUUCUACAGCUGCACCAUCGAGAGCAUCCUGACUGGUUGCAUCACCGCCUGGUAUGGCAACUGCUUGGCCUCUGACCGCAAGGCACUACAGAGGGUAGUGCGUACGGCCCAGUACAUCACUGGGGCAAAGCUCCCUGCCAUCCAGGACCUCUAUAUCAGGCGGUGUCAGAGGAAGGCCCUCAAAAUUGUCAAAGACUCCAGCCACCCUAGUCAUAGACUGUUCUCUCUGCUACCGCACGGCAAGCGGUACCGGAGUGCCAAGUCUAGGUCCAAAAGACUUCUCAACAGCUUCUACCCCCAAGCCAUAAGACUCCUGAACAGCUAAUCAUGGCUACCCGGACUAUUUGCACUGCCCCCCCACCCCAUCCUUUUUACGCUGCUGCUACUCUGUUAAGUAUUUAUGCAUAGUCACUUUAACUCUACCCACAUGUACAUAUUACCUCAACUACCUCAACUAGCCGGUGCCCCCGCACAUUGACUCUGCAACGGUACCCCCCCUGUAUAUAUAGCCUCCCUACUGUCACUUUAUUUUACUGUAUAUAUAGCCUCCCUACUGUCACUUUAUUUUACUUCUGCUCUUUUUUUCUCAACACUUUUUUGUUGUUGUUGUUUUAUUCUUACUUUUUUUGUUUAAAAUAAAUGCACUGUUGGUUAAGGGCUGUAAGUAAGCAUUUCACUGCAAUGUCUGCACCUGUUGUAUUCGGCGCAUGUGACCAAUAAAAUUUGAUUUGAUUUGAUUUGAUAAUGCCUGUUUGAUUUGAAACCCAUUUUGCAGCUAUUCUUCCCAUGUCACUGUAGAAGACAACUUGAAACAGAACUGUCAUGGAGCUUCCUAUGUUGCUUAUUAGGGGAGGCUGUUACAAAAAGGCUAUUUUUCCUGUUAUGUCUGCCUUAAUGUUAUUACAAGCAAAGCAAAGCAAAAAGAUGUGCUUAUUGUUGUUAACACUAACUUGAAAUGCUUUCUACCCAAUAACAAUUAUAGCCAUGGAACUUGAAUACAUAUGUGAUUCAAAUGACAUCGCUUGAAGACUUUUCAAAUGUCACCUGUCUCUGUUACAGGAGUUUGGGGGUUCACUGCUCCAAGGUGCGCUCUCUAACGUUGGACUCAUGGGAACCUGAGUUACUAAAGCUGAUGUGCGAGCUGGGAAACAGUGUCAUCAACCACAUCUAUGAAGGAGCAUGUGAGGCGCAGGGCCUGAAGAAACCAGGGCCCUCAAGUUCCAGGUAAGAAUUGCCACACAGCAUUCAAAUACCUCUAACUGGUUUCACCUGUGAAGAUCCAGAUUACCCACUAAGGGAGACUGGGAUCUAGUCAUUUUCAUUAGACUGGGAAUGUCCUCAGAGGUACAGUAUGUGACACUGAAUGCGUAUUUCCUGUUAUCCCCUACAGGCAGGAGAAGGAGGCAUGGAUCAAAUCAAAGUAUGUGGAGAAGAAGUUCCUGAAGAAGUUGGGGGCCACAGAGGUGCUUGUGAACGGCGGGCGGAAGUCGGAGCGCCGGUGGAGUGUGAAGAAGUGGCGGAGACACAACAGCGCCACCACAGUGCCCAAGACCCGACGGAAAUACCGUCAGGAGCCGGGCAGCGCCUCCCCUGCCACCCUCUCCUCAGGUACCCUAAUAGCUCUCCUGGAUACCGUCCUCUUUCUCUCUUUGUAUCCAUAUUCCUAAUAGUGCUAAACCAUAUGUUGAUUAUGACAACCCAGUACAUUUAACAUUUAAACAUUCCCUCCUUGUGCUUUACAGUCGCUUCAGCUCUAGAGAGAAAGUUCCGACGAGAGUCACUGUUUUGUCCAGACGAGCUGGACAAUCUCUUCUCUUACUUCGACACAGGAUCUGGGCCUCGUAGUAAGUUACUACCCAUCUAAUAUACAGACACUACACCCUAAACCACAGAGAUACCUGAAUCCUUUAUGUGGUGUGUAAAGUGAAAUAGCUAGAAGCAACGGUGACUAACGUGCCCCUGGCUUGGCUCCUAUUGGCCCUGCAGGUCUGAGCAGUGACAGUGGCCUGGGCGGCAGUACAGACGGCAGCACAGACAUCCUGGUGUUCGGCUCAGUGGUGGACAGUGUCACAGAGGAGGGUAAGAAGAUAAAUACAUACCUGUAAAAGAUGGAAUGGAAUACAAAAUGUACAACAUAUAGGUUCAGCCAUCAUAUUUAGUAUUGAAAUGCCAUUUUCAGAAACUUGAUAAUUGAUCUCAGUCAUCCUUAUUUGCCCUUGAGGGCAUAAAUGAAGUUGUAUUGAAUCCUAGUUGUUGUUCUGCUUCUCUCUCUGCAGAGUGUGAGGUGUCGGAGGACUCUAGCGGAGAGGCUGAGAUGGAGCCUGAGCCUGAGACCCAGUCGGACCCAGAGGAUGGGCGUGAGCUCCACCCUGGGGCGCUGCUCUACAAGGCUUCCAUGGCACGCAACCUGCCCAUCAUGGCUGAGGCGCUGGCCCACGGGGCUGACGUCAACUCCGUCAACGACGAGGAUGAUGGCAAGAGCCCACUCAUACAGGCAGUGAUUGGGGUGAGUCAUUGUAAUGAAAGGCAGGUGUGUUCUUAGCACACUGGCAAAGGCAGUUCUAGUCAUUCACAAUGAAUUCCAUGGAUGCAUUAUGCUGAAACAUCAAUGCAUACAUCUAUCCACACAGUAUGUCUAUGCAUGAUCACAAUAUUCUCUCACAUUAUAUUGUGCUUUAUUUGGCAACAUGGAGAGAGCCUCAGAACCUUUGUGUGUUCCAUUCCAGGGCUCUUUGAUAGCCUGCGAGUUCCUGCUCCAGAAUGCAGCUGACGUCAACCAAAGUGACGCAAGGGGGAGGGGGCCACUACACCACGCCACAUAUCUGGGACACACAGGGUGAGUAGGACCAAAGCAUAACACGUUCCCUCUUCCUUACUAUUGUCAAUGUCUUGUUUUGUGACAAUGGUGUAGCAUGCAAAGCUGAUUAUUGUUCAGUUAUUUUUUACAUUCCAGUUGUUUCUCGGGUUAGUUAGCAUACAAGACAAAGAUGCUGAGUACAGAUUUUUUUUAAUGAUGAUUUGAUGUGAGAGUGUUCAGUAUGUUCCCGUCUGAUCUGUCGCCAUGCUGCCCUCUACAGGCAGGUGUGUUUGUUCCUGAAGAGAGGAGCCACGCAGAACGACGGGGACGAGGAUGGCCAGGACCCUCUGAGUAUCGCUGUGCAGGCAGCCAACGCAGACAUCGUCACCUUGUGAGUUUCAGUGGGACACAACACCCUGUCCCUCAACGUACUCAGCCUCACCUUCACACGAUCCUUUGAAAUACAUAUUAUGACCCCGGGUUAGCUUGGUAGACUACUGUAGCUCCUCACCUCUGGGAAGUUUGAGUGAAUCCAUCUAACAGUUUGUGUCCCAUCCCUCCUUCUCUCCCCCCUCCCUUUCUUCCCAAAGGUUGCGUCUGGCCAGGAUGAACGAGGAGAUGCGGGAGUCGGAGGGACCGUUCGGCCAGCCAGGUCAAUACCCAACCAGCAGCCCCACUGAACAGCAGUAUAAGAAAUGCAUACAAGAGUUUAUCUGUCUCCACAUAGCUGAGUGCUAGAAGUCAGUCACAAUACCUAGUCCUGGUCCAAUUAAUCAAGCUUUCCCAUCAGGUGAUGGUUGGAGGGGAAGCCAAUAGUAUACCAGGACUGUGGCAGGCCUGUCUGGAAUCUUGUACAGGAAGGGACGUUGUCCAAAACACACCUUUCUUUAUCAGAUUCCCCACAGGCUGCUGUCUGUGUUCUACUAGACAACGUAGCAGCUAACUAACAUUGUUCAAACGAGGCCGCACCAGAAUUUGCCAACUACUAUUCCCUCAGGUUCAUCAACGGUAUAGGAUGUCAGUAUUCUUAACUCUAUCAUGAUGUCAAACUGUACUGUUGACUUAAUGGCUAAAUUUGCUCAGAGUUAGAUCAUUUGUCAACAAAUGGUUAGGGACCAACUUUUUUUAAUCGACUUCAUAAGUUCAUUUAAAUCAUCGUUACUAUACCAUCUGUACCCUGCUUAUACCCAUGUCACACUUAAUUAAUUCAGCUGCUCUUUAUUCAUUUGGAGAGGGGAGAGGUGUUUGCUUGUGGUCUUCAAGGUAGAGUGGUGUGCUCCAAACCAAAGACCAAAUUAGGCCAAUAUGUUGCACAUAACUAUCAUCAAGCUACCUGCUCAUGUAAAAAUACCAGAUCGGCAUAUGGUAGUCUUGUCAAGGGUAUACUAUAAAAACAGACCUUAUUCAAUACCUUCAUUUUAAGGCCUGUAAGUCGUUGUCUUUAUAUCUAGUCAGUUAUUACAAACUUAUGAAUUCUGCUCCGGCUGUGUUGUGGCAUGAGGUGGUUCUUUAGUACACACACAUUGUUUUGAAAAGGGGUGAUUAGAAGGGAUAACAAUGAACUGUGAUUGAGACUAGAUGAUAGAUGAUAUGUCAUUAAUGUGUACUUGUCUUGAUUGAGACACUUUAAAGUAAAGCUUUUACAUGGAAUCUAAAGCGACAUUAUGCACUUUUCCUACCAACAAUGAUUUCAUUUCUUUUUGGCAUUUUCAUUUAGUAGUGUAGGUUUUUACCUUCAUUUAUGAACUGCCCAGAGCAAUAGUGCAAUGAUAAUUUAAAUACAGAUAAUGGUAUUUUUUUAAACUGGAUAUAUUUUGUUAGAUUUUAUUUUCCUGAGCACUCACACACAAGGUCACUUAACCUUUACUGUCAUUUCUUCAUGUCUCUUUUUGGAAAAGACAACCACAACUCACCAUCUUAUAAUAGAAACCUUACACACUGCGAUGAGACUGACCUUUUUAAUAUAAUAUUAAAACUGACAUGUAUUUGUAUAUGUUUGUAUCAUGGCUAUACAGUAUUAGAUUAGUUGUGGGUUUCUUGGUUGAAUAGUGCGUGGGUUGCUGUUGCCCAGGUCUUUCAAAACCCUGUUGGUUUUCUUUACUUCAUUCAUCUGUGUAUGUUAAUAUUUGAUAUAUUGUUCAAAGAAAAUCAUAACUGUGUAAUGUGCUGCCAAAUCAUGAGAACUGUACAAAAUAAGACAUUGUAGAGGUUAGAUCUGUAGUCUAUGGUCAAACUGAACCAGAUAUAUUGAUAGGAUACCCCAUAACAUACAGGCAUAGUUGCCCAUUGAAUUUGACAGGCCAUUUAGAACAGGAGAGAAAGCUUGGUCUAUGCAAAACAUGCUAGCUCCCCUGAAUACCAACAGAAUACCCCCUGCUAUGUAAGCAAGGCCUGUGUACACACUUCACCUGAUGUGUGUACACAGUCAGAGGGUGACCACAGUCCUCCAUGUUUACCUUGAUACUGUGCAGUUGCUUACUGACCUAACCACAUGUAUACAUCAUGUUCCAGAGCUGAAAUAAUCUUGAUCAGGAAAUUACAUUAGUUGUCCUUGCUGUAGGCUAGUAACAACUGAGGUUUUGGCAUUGCGUUUGGGUUGCUUGAGUUUACUUCAAGCCAAAGACCACAUUACUUUCUUCAAGUCAUUUAUGAGCAGAAAAUAAGUAAGCAGUAAAAAAUAUGAAACUUUCGAAUAUGUCUAUUAAAAUGACUGUUAUACUAUCAAUUUCAUUCUAGUUUUGGCUUCUACUGUGCAGUACAUCAUGAUGAAAAGAGUAGAAGUAGAUUAUAUUAGACUCAAUGAAAGAUCUGGGGACCAAUGUUUUGACCAAACAAUGCCAAUGAUUUGCAUCAAACCACUAAAGGUUUACAUACAGUGGGGGAAAAAAGUAUUUAGUCAGCCACCAAUUGUGCAAGUUCUCCCACUUAAAAAGAUGAGAGAGGCCUGUAAUUUUCAUCAUAGGUACACGUCAACUAUGACAGACAAAAUGAGAAAAAAAAAUCCAGAAAAUCACAUUGUAGGAUUUUUAAUGAAUUUAUUUGCAAAUUAUGGUGGAAAAUAAGUAUUUGGUCAAUAACAAAAGUUUCUCAAUACUUUGUUAUAUACCCUUUGUUGGCAAUGACACAGGUCAAACGUUUUCUGUAAGUCUUCACAAGGUUUUCACACACUGUUGCUGGUAUUUUGGCCCAUUCCUCCAUGCAGAUCUCCUCUAGAGCAGUGAUGUUUUGGGGCUGUCGCUGGGCAACACGGACUUUCAACUCCCUCCAAAGAUUUUCUAUGGGGUUGAGAUCUGGAGACUGGCUAGGCCACUCCAGGACCUUGAAAUGCUUCUUACGAAGCCACUCCUUCGUUGCCCGGGCGGUGUGUUUGGGAUCAUUGUCAUGCUGAAAGACCCAGCCAUGUUUUAUCUUCAAUGCCCUUGCUGAUGGAAGGAGGUUUUCACUCAAAAUCUCAUGAUACAUGGCCCCAUUCAUUCUUUCCUUUACACGGAUCAGUCGUCCUGGUCCCUUUGCAGAAAAACAGCCCCAAAGCAUGAUGUUUCCACCCCCAUGCUUCACAGUAGGUAUGGUGUUCUUUGGAUGCAACUCAGCAUUCUUUGUCCUCCAAACACGACGAGUUGAGUUUUUACCAAAAAGUUAUAUUUUGGUUUCAUCUGACCAUAUGACAUUCUCCCAAUCCUCUUCUGGAUCAUCCAAAUGCACUCUAGCAAACUUCAGACGGGCCUGGACAUGUACUGGCUUAAGCAGGGGGACACGUCUGGCACUGCAGGAUUUGAGUCCCUGGCGGCGUAGUGUGUUACUGAUGGUAGGCUUUGUUACUUUGGUCCCAGCUCUCUGCAGGUCAUUCACUAGGUCCCCCCGUGUGGUUCUGGGAUUUUUGCUCACCGUUCUUGUGAUCAUUUUGACCCCACGGGUGAGAUCUUGCGUGGAGCCCCAGAUCGAGGGAGAUUAUCAGUGGCCUUGUAUGUCUUCCAUUUCCUAAUAAUUGCUCCCACAGUUGAUUUCUUCAAACCAAGCUGCUUACCUAUUGCAGAUUCAGUCUUCCCAGCCUGGUGCAGGUCUACAAUUUUGUUUCUGGUGUCCUUUGACAGCUCUUUGGUCUUGGCCAUAGUGGAGUUUGGAGUGUGACUGUUUGAGGUUGUGGACAGGUGUCUUUUAUACUGAUAACAAGUUCAAACAGGUGCCAUUAAUACAGGUAACGAGUGGAGGACAGAGGAGCCUCUUAAAGAAGAAGUUACAGGUCUGUGAGAGCCAGAAAUCUUGCUUGUUUGUAGGUGACCAAAUACUUAUUUUCCACCAUAAUUUGCAAAUAAAUUCAUUAAAAAUCCUACAAUGUGAUUUUCUGGAUUUUUUUCCCUCAAUUUGUCUGUCAUAGUUGACGUGUACCUAUGAUGAAAAUUACAGGCAGUACAGUGUAUCGGAGUCAGUGGAUUGACUAAACCAUAGGUUGACUAGGUGACUGCUAUGCUGUAAAUAGGCAAAACAAGUAUUACUACUUAAAACUGCUUGCUUGAAACAUGCAACUUUUAACUUUCCUGUAUUUUUGUUUUUGUUUCUGACUAAUUACCUCUGUACAUGUUCUUUGUAUAUUGUUAGAGAACACGCGUCUCUGAAUAUCUUUGUGUAACUUACACCACUGCUACCUUUUUAUGUUCAUUUCCUUUUCCUAAUGUCUUCUAAAAUUAGGAAAUACUGAAAAUAAAUGGAAGAUGUGACUCAUUCAACGCCUAACUUCUCCCGCUUAUUGCUUCAUUUCUUCUGUUCUUUCUAUAGCACUGUUCUAACACCCUCUGUCACUACAACUAACUGCAUUUACUUGAACUGGCAGUGCACUUAUGAGUCAACCACUUACGUCUAAGGUGAAGACAUAACACCACGGCACACAUUUUCAGACAUUAGAAAACCUGUCCUCUGACAUUCAACUCAUUUCUAUGAUCAAUCCAGUUUGCCCCAUAACAUUGAUGAUUUACAAAACCCCACUUGUUUCAGCGCUUUAUCAAAUGUUUUCAAUUUGUUUCAUAAAUCGAUUCUCAACCGUUUAUUUGAAAGGCCUGUGAAUUGGCCCCUGUAGUUGGUGUGCUGCCCAUUUGCCCAUUCAUCAUAGACACUCACAGGCAGACUGGAAUGUUCUUCUUCCCUCUUUUUUAUUAGUCAAGCUGAUCAUUUCUUGGGGUAGAAAGGAGUUUGAAUGGCUGUCGCCAUGGUCACCAGAAAAGUAAAGUUUGAGAAUUUGGAAAUAGAUUGGGUGAAGCCAAGCGUCAUGGUGACAAGACUAUGGUUUUGUUCCUCUGCUGAUGUGGUAUCUAGAUUCGAGGCGGUUGUUUUUAAAAUAUUUUUUUCCAGGUUUUGAACAAUAGAUGUCAUGUUUUUUGACACAAAUUCCACAUUAUUUUAUGGCAGGCCUACUGUUAUUUAACAGAUCAAUUCAAAUGCAAUUCUUGACGAUAAUGUUCUGUUACAUUCCUAUCUAUUUUCAGGAGACUCUACUUACCUUGACAUCUUUCGAGAGUUUUCUCACAUGGCCUCCCACAACCCAGAGAAGCUGAAGCGGAGGAGUGUACAUUUCAGACACUCCUUC